AUUGUCAAAUCGAACAUGGCGGUUUCUUGUAUCUUGAGGAAAGCGAGAGUGUUUUCAUAUUUCUACCACAACAGACCAAUACUGACCUCUCCGUCUGGAACGAAAACGUGUUUUAGUGCUCCAGAAAGUUCAGAGGAGGAAAGUUUUGAGGAAAUGUUUCGGAAUUCUCGAUUUGUGAAGAUGGGAAGGCCGCAAGGAAAAACAGUGGUUGGCAAAAUUUUACACAUUGUGGACCACGAAGUCAGCAGAGAUUUAUAUGUAGACUUUGGAUGGAAAUUUCACGCGGUUUGUACAGAGAAGAAAGGAGAAAAAAGUGGUUACAAAGUAAAUGAUCUGGUAAGAAUAAAGCUGACUGCACUUGAAGCUGCGGGGCAUUUUUUGGGACAAGACAGACAUAUAACAUUAUGUGAAUCUGAUGCUACACUAGAAGGAAAGUUAACACAUGACAACUACAUUGUGACUGAAAAGGAACUCAGCUGAUUGUCAAAUAAAUUCUCCUUACUUGCUUUCAAAUAUAUUGCUUGUCACUCAACAAUCUGUGUAUGAUAGAGACUGUCCUAUAUACCAGUAUGUGUAAUUCAGUUUUACCCGAAUGGUGAAGACAAGAAAGUUGCGUUUUGACCAGGUUGGUCACUUAUAAAAACUAAAUAUUUUUUUUCAAGAAACUGCAUAAAUGCUUCAGUGGUAUUCCUUAUUAUUACCUGGCAACAUCUAGGCAUUCAAUAUGCUCAAGGGCAUCUACAUGUAACUACAUAGUCCUCAACGCACCUUGCAAGCCUGGCUUGUAA